CUUCUGUCGGGUCCCACGCCUGGCUCACCAUGAGCCGGUGCGCUGAGGCGGCGGCGGUGGCUGCCACUGUUCCGGGCGCAGGUGUUGGCGACGCGGGGGUGCGGCCGUCCAUGGUGCCGCGCCAGGCGUCCUUUUUCCCGCCGCCGGUGCCGAAUCCCUUCGUGCAGCAGACGCAGAUCGGCGCAGCCCGGCGGAUCCAGAUUUUCCUUCUUGGAAUCAUCCUGCUUCCAAUCCGUGUCUUAUUGGUUGCAUUAAUUUUAUUACUGGCGUGGCCAUUUGCUGCCGUUUCAACAGCAUGCUGCCCCGAAAAGCUGACUCACCCAAUAACUGGCUGGAGGAGGCAAAUUACUCAAACAGCUUUGAAGUUUCUGGGUCACGCCAUGUUCUUUUCAAUGGGAUUUAUAGUCACUGUGAAAGGAAGGGUAGCAAGUCCUUUGGAAGCACCGGUAUUCGUUGUCGCCCCUCAUUCAACUUUCUUUGAUGGAAUUGCCUGUGUUGUAGCCGGGUUACCUUCCCUGGUGUCCCGAAGUGAGAAUGCCCAGGCCCCGUUGGUUGGCAGAUUGUUACGGGCUGUGCAACCAAUAUUGGUGUCCCGUGUAGAUCCGGAUUCCCGAAAAAACACAAUCAAUGAAAUAAUAAAGCGAACAACAUCGGAAGGAAAAUGGCCCCAGAUACUAGUUUUCCCAGAAGGUACUUGUACUAAUCGUUCCUGUUUGAUUACUUUUAAACCAGGAGCCUUCAUCCCAGGAGUUCCAGUGCAGCCAAUCCUCCUCAGAUACCCAAACAAGCUGAUAAGUCUGAGCCUGUUUAAAUUUUGCAUUCAGCUCUGUGUGCUUACUUUCUGCCAGCCCUUCACUAAGGUAGAAGUGGAGUUUAUGCCUGUUCAAGUUCCAAGUGAUGAAGAAAAAGAUGAUCCUGUCCUUUUUGCCAAUAGAGUUCGGAAAUUAAUGGCAGAAGCUCUGGGAAUCCCAGUAACAGAUCAUACCUAUGAAGACUGCAGACUGAUGAUUUCAGCAGGACAGCUAACGUUGCCUAUGGAAGCUGGGUUGGUGGAAUUUACUAAAAUUAGCCGGAAAUUGAAACUAGAUUGGGAUGGUGUUCGCAAGCAUUUGGAUGAGUAUGCCUCUAUCGCGAGUUCCUCAAAAGGAGGAAGAAUUGGAAUUGAAGAGUUUGCCGAGUAUUUAAAGCUGCCUGUUUCAGAUGUCUUGAGACAACUUUUUGCACUCUUUGACAGGAACCAUGAUGGCAGUAUCGACUUCCGAGAGUACGUGAUUGGCCUGGCUGUCUUGUGCAACCCUGCCAACACAGAGGAGAUCAUCCAGGUGGCAUUUAAGCUCUUUGAUGUUGAUGAGGAUGGCUACAUAACUGAGGAAGAAUUUUCCACCAUUCUCCAGGCUUCCCUUGGAGUGCCUGACCUCGAUGUUUCUGGUCUCUUCAAGGAAAUAGCCCAAGGGGACUCUAUUUCCUAUGAGGAAUUUAAAACAUUUGCCCUGAAGCAUCCAGAAUAUGCGAAGAUAUUUACAACGUACUUAGACCUUCAGACCUGCCAUGUGUUUUCACUACCAAAAGAAGUCCAGACAGCUCCUUCCAUUGCAAGUAAUAAAGUCAGUCCUGAAAAGCAUGAAGAGAGCACCUCAGCCAAAAAGGAUGACUGAAAGCUGUGUUCCCACAGGGAGAAGGCGGCGGCUUUCACUUGAACUUGUAAAGGCAUUUAUUGAUCGUAUUUUUAUUGUGUUUAUUAAGUAAUGAUGUUUCAAAUGGAAAGCUUUUUUUUUUAUAAAAAUGAAAGAUUUUCU